CUUUGACCCCUAGAUCAGUUUUGUUUACAGAGCCACCAUGCCAGCAAAACCAAAUGUCCAUCAAGCUUUUAGAUCUAAGAUGGUAUUUUAAAUCGUUUAGAUCCACCUCCACUACGAGAAAAAUGAAUGGGCAUUUCCUAGACUAGAUCUCACUUGUCAGGCAAUAACCAGGCUAGACAGUCUGCAACCACCUGAUUGUGGGGGUUGCAAAAUAAUUUGCAUUUCAGUAUCUGGCUUCCUGGCUAGGUAGGGUGACAUCUGGUGGUACCUUCGACCAUCUAAAAAAAUGUCAUUUCCUGACAGCUGUGUGCCCCACUACUUAUUGAAAUCGGCGUGCUUUUGAACGUAUCGUUUUUAAAAAAUAAAAAAAAGUGCAAUGAAUAUAAAUUGAGGGUUUUUUUUCUGGUUCUAUGACAGCAUCCCGAUGCUUGGAUGGAUAAUGAAUACGUGUCAUUCUCAGCCAUGAUGCAUUUCUCAGAUAAAAAUGACCAGUGCGUGAUAUUGCUCUCAUGACCCCACAUUCAAAUACAAAAGGCACGGUCUGUCAAAAUUUGGCUUGCACAAUGAAUCUAGAGCUCUAUGCUCCCUGCUGAAGCUCUCUGGCCAUUCAGGUGCAAGCCAAUUGACACUUAACAGAGUCGACGUGUAGAACUAGUGUCAUCUCAGAACACAGCCUACUAACAAAGGAAUCAGCGUAGCAUUAACAGCCUUUUAUACUGGAGCUUGGUAAACGCUGGCGGUUAAGCAAGGUGAAGAUUGCGAACGGAAACUCGGCGGGCAUGCAGAAGCGUCUGCAGACACCUUUGUAGUCUGUACAGCUCCAGGGGAAUGCGACCGAGGCUGCCUCUGUGCCAUCUAGUCAGAAAGAAUGACGCUGGGAAAGACUGCAGUUCGGGUGGUAAACCUGGGGCGCAUUGCCUAUGGACAGGCACUUCAAGUGCAACAAAAGCACGUGCGUCAGCAUCUGGACAAAUCAUCAGAGGUUCCAAACACCUUACUGUUAUGUGAGCACCAUCCAGUGUACACAAUUGGCAUCAGACAAGCACCAUAUCCAGCAAAAGAGGAAGAAAGACUAAAAGGCCUUGGUGCUGAAUUUUUCCGCACAAACCGAGGCGGCCUCAUUACAUUUCAUGGGCCUGGACAGCUGGUGUGCUACCCAAUCCUUAAUUUGGGCUGCUUCAAGAAGAGUGUGAGAUGGUAUGUGUGUGAACUGGAAAAGACAGUCAUUGGACUCUGCAAUAAAUUUGGAAUAAAAGCCGCAACAUCCCCAGACACAGGCGUCUGGGUAGGGAACAACAAAAUAUGUGCAAUAGGCAUUCACUGUGGACGUUACAUAACCUCUCACGGCAUCGCUCUGAAUUGCAACACGGAGAUGAGCUGGUUCGACAACAUUGUGCCCUGCGGCAUUGUGGGUAAAGGGGUGACAUCUCUCAGCCUGGAGCUGGGCAAAGGGGUCACCACCGCAGACGCCACUCAACGCUUACUGGAGAGCUUUGAGGAGAGGUUCAACUGCCAUGUACUUCCCAUUGAAGAUGCCAUAUAGGUGUGUACUGUAUAGGAGAGAAGAAAAAAGACUACCUCAACCACAUUUCUAAUCCCAAACAUUGUAUUAAUGUAUAAAUAAUUAAAUGUUUAUAAGGUUUUCUUAAUUGAUAUUAUAAUGUUUUGGGCUUGGUGACUUUUAAUCCCAGUUCAAUGCCAUGAAUGUGCAGGGUUUCUAAUUUCACUUUCACAGAUGUUUAUACUGUAUGGCACAUAACGCACUGUGAAGGUACGGUAGAAACAAAAGCUUUUGCAGUUCUUCCUACAGCAUAGCUUUGUGGUUGAUGGAUUGCAGACUGCGCUGAAUCAGAAUUGUGCUCUGCAUGCUCCCCUGGGCAAUAAUACAUUUUAUCCUGAGACGAUUGGCCUCUGUGUCGACCACAGAAAUCUGUUUUAAAAGCACUAAAACGUGCUGCGCUUGUUUAUAAAAAAAAGUGACAUCACCCGAUUGCACGCACUGAACCGUAAGAAUACUAGUAUUCUUUUAGUUAAGUUGUUGCUCCUAAUCCAGGAUCUGCAAAAGGAGGCUAAUACCAAUACCCUCUUUACAAAUGUCAAUCUCACACUAGGGACACAGGCAAGCGCAUUUUGCAAAGCUGAGCGAAAUUCACGUCUUGUUCUUAUGGCGCAAGAAAAGUGGGGUGAAGACAGGCGAACAGAGGUAAAGCAAAAGUGUUAUGCGAAUUUCACCUGCAGCGGCCAAUCAAAUCAACAACUUAAAUGUUUUGAUGCACUACUAUGACCUGCUUGACGUUGACUGUCAAACUGGAACACUGAAUUUCGCCUCCAUGGUGUAGAAGGCCAACCUGUCUCACUGUCCUGUUAAAAGGUGCUCGGACAUUUCAGUCAAUUUUGGGACUUAGAGUUCUUGAUUGUCCAUUAACCAUACUUAACUGUCCAUUAAACUUGGUAGUGGGAUAAAAGACACACAAUAACAAAAUCAAAUCACAGAUAACUACAGUAAAGUAAAUGUGGAAUAAAAUAAAUAAAUAAAUAUAUUUUUUAAAUCAUCUUAACAUUAUCACUCAUUUAUUGAACAUUUCUAUAGAACAGUUGUUUUACUACCCUUAUGCAGGUCAGUUAAAACAUAUACACUCUAUGGUUAUAUCAUGUCCUUGACAGAAUGGAAUUCACAGUGAUUGCAGUGAAUGGGGUUGGGAUUGUUUUAGUCAUCAUACUUGUGAUUAAGGAAACAAAAAAUACAAGUGUUUCUGGUUUUUGGAAGAUGACAUACAAUUGUGUGCUUGAAGUUUGGUUUUAAUUUCCCAGGCGAAGAAAAGUGCCAUGUGAUUUCCUAUUAUAUUCAUGGCCUUCUGUUGUUCAUGAAGGUCUGAUAUUUGAUCUACAAUACUCUGUAUUACUUCACUACAGAAAUGUGAAUGAGGUACCGCCAAUAUGUGAUGUAUGUAAAUCAAUAUUUGACGUUUUUCAGAUGAAUGAAAUGCCUUUCCAACAA